GUUCAAGUCCCGUAAUACCUCACCAGCGAUCGUCACCUGUUUAAAUGAUACUAUACGCCGAAUUUAUCUCGGAUCGAGUCUGGCCAAUGGCCCGGCGUUUUCGUCCAAACAUACGGCUACCUGGAAUAAGUCCGAGGAGAACCAAAUCUAUGCUUUCAAAGCGUCGAGGAUAGCACCAGUCAUCUCAAGCGUCUUCUCUUCUUCCAAUCUUCUGCCAAUAAUUUGCAGCCCAACCGGCAUGCCAUCAACGGCUGCUGGGUUGUCUAUCACGGCGAAGUCAGCAUCACUCACUGUCGGCUGGCUCGAGCAGACAUUAAACUCACAUUCACUGUUUAUCUCUUUGUCAAGCUCGCUCAAUGGUGAGAAAUCGGCCGGCACCGUGUCCUGGUUCUUGUCCACUGCAACGCCUGACGGGAAGUUGACGGCGGAAUAGUCGAGGAUGUUCCAGAUGGCCGUAUACGCCACAUGUUUGUACUUUUCAUGUUCCACCGUGCUGAAAGGAGUGGUUGGGCUGAGGAUGCCGUCGAUGCCAGCUUCCGCCCAGCGGUCAAUGUACUCCUGACACAGCUUGUUGCGUUCCAGAUGCAGCUGCCACAGGUCGUAGCAGCCCAUCUCGGUGGCCUCCUCGUAUGCCUUCAUCUGAGGAUGGAAAGGCUCGCCAACGGGCUCGAGUGCCUUGCGGCAAGAUUUGCCGCCAUCAGCGACAAAGAAGCGAGACUAAGUAACCAUUAACUAGCUGUCAAUGACUAACCCCCGAGAAAAGGAAACGUACCAGAAUGUUCAGAGCCUGCGGAUGGCUCGAGGAAUCCCAGUCGACGACUUCGUGUCCGGCUUUUCGAAGCUUCUCCACGGUCGUCUUUAGGGCUCUCUGGACAGGUGGCGUAGGGGUCACUUGGCGAUCGUUCCAAAUGACACCAAACUUCAACUUUUUCGGCAGCUGCACGUCCCGCCAGGGGAUCGGAAGCGCUUUGGGGUCUUUCAACCAGGGCUUCGAGUCAACGACCGACUUGGCGAACAAUUUCAAAUCCGACAGCGUCGGUCCCAUGGGUCCUGCAAUAGCGGUCAGCAUCGAUGGCAUAACACAGACUCAAAGCUGCUAUGUACUUACCGUUGACGCUGUUGACUGAUUCUUGUCCAGCAAGGCCCGAGGUACAUCCCGCGGUUGGGAACCGGCCAAGCGAUGGCCGUAGAGUGAAAAUACCGGUGCACGAUGCUGGAAUGCGCAACGAACCGCCAAUAUCUGUUCCCACGCCCAAAGGACUGCCGUGGAAUGCGAGGAGGGCAGACUCGCCUCCGGAACUUCCGCCGGGCGUGGUUGUAAGUCGAAGAGGAUUCAGUGUUCUAUACCUGUUAGUUCAAACUACUUUUGUCGCCACUGGGACAACAUGACAUACCUUCCAAAAGUGUUGUUGACGGUCUCGGCCAUCAUCAUUGCCGUUGGCACGUUGGUCUUGACGUAGAUGACGGCACCAAGAGACUUGAGUAAAUCGACCAGGACACUGUUUUGCUUGUGUGGCUUGUUGCACCACGACACAAACCCAACCGUCGAGUCCUUGCCAACGACAUUGAAGUUGUCCUUGAUCGAGAUUGGCAGGCCAUGGAGAGGACCAACAACAGCUCCAGUCCGGCUAAAUGCUUCGUCCAGGGCCUCUGCGGCUGCCAACGCCUCGGGAAACAUGGUUUCACUUAGACAGUUCGUCUGUCAAGGCAAACAUGACAUCAGUACGGAUCAUUCUCAAUGUGAAAAGUGCUUUCUUACCAAUUGGUGUGCUGCUGCUGCUCUCUUGCAAAAUGCCGAUGUAACGGCCUUUGCACUCCAGGUCUUGUCCCUAAUACGCUCGAGGAUCUCUUCUGACGUGCUUGAAGUUAUUUUCAGCUCUUCGGGAGUGAACCAUCCGGACGAUUCGGGAAACGAAGUAACAUCUAGCUGGCUUUUCGAUGGCAACACUUCUGCUGGGACCAACCACUCAGGAGGAAUGCUCUUCAUCAAGGCUGCCCGUUUGGCAGCAGCAAUGGAUUCCCAUUCUGCCGGUGGUGAGAUGGCCAUUGUGCUUGCCGAUUGAAAAUCUUUGGGGUUGACAACGAGUACAGCUUGAAGACACUACAGUUUCAAAUGUAGGAAAGAAAGAUACAGUAUCAGAAGCGACUGAAUGUGUUACUACCAUGGACACCCACGGACACCUCCACGGCGACGGCGAUUGCCUACACAGUAUACCCAUUGCUACUCCACACUGGACGCUUGGGCCACCCUCCAACCAGUCUGGCGGACAUUUCGGACAGUGUGGCGAAUGGCCGCCCUCUCGGUCGCGUGCGCUCCAGGUCUCCUGAGCCAGUUGAGGGGGCGAUAUUGACCAGUAUCAGACCAGAAUUCGGCUCCUGGAGGACGGUCGACGACUCCAUAGCCGAUAACGCGGCCCAGAGUGUUGGUCCGCGGCUGUUAGGUCUCCUGUUAGGGGGCGUUCUCGACCGGGGUCAAGUUGAUAUUCGGCUGAUGGUGCCGGGUUUCGGCGCUCUUCCGCUUCGACCAAGAGGACUAUCAUUUGCCGCCAGGACAGACUUUUCCACACACAGCAUUAGCAAUCCACAAAUCCUCGAUCUUGCCCAGGAGGCUCUGCAGCAAUCUCCCCGCCUGACCCUUGCACCUCCGCAAACAGGUCAAGGUUCCUCUUGCCCCAUCCCGGGCCAUAUCAUGUGGAGGACUGACAAGUGACACCGAUAAAUGUGUGAUAAGCCAGUCAGAGAGAUACUGAAAUCGACAACGCUCGGUUCGGCUACUUGUUGGCUUUGCGCUUGCCAGACGCCGACCCACCGCAGUAUUUAGAAGGAGCCUCCCCAGGCCGACUUCCAAAUAUCCUGAACCAUCCUUUCGACCUGGGAUUGUGAGUGUGUGUGCGCGCAAAAUCCCAAAAAUCCAUCACCAUGGCCAGAGCCUCAUCUUUCAGGGCCUACCUGAGGUCCGACAAGUCACCACAGGAGAAAAAGUUGGUCCGCAAGGUCGACUUUUUCAUCCUGUCCUUUUGUUGUCUCAUGUACUUUUUCAAUUAUUUGGAUCGGUCCAACUUGACCCAGGCCUAUGUCUCUGGCAUGAAAGAAGACCUGAACUUUAAGGGGAACCAGCUGACUCAGAUCACGACCAUUUUCACCUGCGGCUACAUUGUCGGAAUGAUACCCUGCAACCUUGCACUCUACUACAUCAAGCCCAGGAUCUUUUUUCCGUCCAUGUGUUGUUUCUGGGCCGCUCUGACCAUGAUCACGGCUGCCUCCUCGCACCCUAAACAUAUCAUGGUGAUCCGGUUUUUCGUCGGAGUUUCCGAAGCCAGCACCUUCAUCGGCACCCAUUACAUUCUUGGAUCAUGGUACACGGAAAAAGAACUCGGCAAGCGAAGCGGCAUCUUCACCGCCUCCGGACUUGCCGGCACCAUGUUUGGAGGAUUCAUCCAAUCGGGGAUCUACAAAAGCAUGAACGGACUACAAGGCCUCAGCGGCUGGAAGUGGCUGUUUAUUGUUGACGGCAUCAUCACUCUGCCCGUGGCCUUGUACGGGUUCUUGCUGUUCCCCGACACGCCAUCAACCACAUCCGCCCCAUACUUGAGCGCCGAAGAGCGCCAGCUCGCCAUCUCCCGAGUGCCCGAGGUUCCCGAACAAAAGCCCAUUUCGCUGGCAUUUGUCCGCCGCGUGUUGAGGUCAUGGCAGUUCUACGGCUUCGUCAUCCUCUGGAUCAUCGCCGGCGAAACCGAGAGUUUCAGCUCCAACAGUCUGCUGGCACUGUACAUGAAAGCCACGCCUGAUGCGCACUACAGUGUUGUCCAGCUCAACAAUUACCCAACUGGUGUCCCCGCCGUGGGCAUCGUGUCGACCUUGUUCUGGGCCACGUUGACUGAUUACUUGGGUGGCAAACGGUACUUGGUGGGCUACUGGAUUGCCGUCACUGGCAUCGUCACGUCGGCCAUUAUUUUGUCGCCUUCCAGUUCCGUUGCUGCCCAUUUCGGCGCUUACUACUGGGCCGGCUCGGUGUAUGCUUGUCAAGCUACUUUCUUUGCUUGGGCCAAUGAUGCGCUGAGAUACGAGGAGGAUUCCCUGCGUGCCAUUGUCAUUGCAUGCAUGAAUCUGGGGAAUAAUGCCGUCAAUGCCUGGUGGUCGAUUCUGUUUUACUCGGCCGAUAUGGCGCCCAAGUUCACGAAAGGGAUGUGGGCCAUGAUCGCCAUGAGCAUCGCACUGGCUGUCUGGACGGCCAUGUUGCAGAUUGUCGAAAGGAGGACGGCUAGCAAGAGACUCGUGUCGACUGAAGAGGCACCGUCGGAGAAUGUGGAAAAGCAGUCGUUCAGUGAGCCUCAGAAGGCGUAGAAUAUUGGUAUCUUAUACAUAUACCAAUUCUACCUAGGUACAUACGUCUACUGGGUAAAUAGGCUGCGCUGGGUCGUACAGUAUAUGAACAGAACAGGCUCUGGAUUGGAAUGCAAUGGAAUUCACAGUUACAAUGUCUCCAUCAAUUUACAGUAAUAUAUAUUGCUGUAUUGAUUACACGCUUGAGUGUCCGUGAGUCAUGUCCAGUGGUUGCAG